CGGUGUACUGGCGGUACCAACGGCGUGCUCAACCAGCAGCGUCCAACUGACUGUCUUGUCCCUUCUCCUUCCUCACCAAAUUUGAACGACCGCCCUGAUCCUUCUCGUAUGAGUCGAGCACAACAGUGAGACAUAAUGGUCGGCGGCCUGAACAUGCUCAUCCAGAAACGCUUACAGUCUGCCUCUAGCAUCGCAAAGCAGCAUCCCCAAUCAUGCGCGCCACCAGCCUCGCUGCCACCAUUUUGCUCCUCGUCGCCAUCACCACAGGCGUAUCAGGGAAGCUUUGCUGCUCUUCGCACAUGCAGAGGAAGUGCAGUUCUCGCGAAUUCUGCAAUGCCGAUGAGGAAGAGGUGAAGGGUUCGUGCUGCUACGGCGAUAAGACUUGCUACUGUAAUGGUGGAUGAAAGCUGAGAGUUAGGUGGGCGGGAAUCUUUCCUAAGUGGCGUGAAUGUCGAUGGAGAGGAGGAAGGGAGAGAAGAGGGCUUGAGCUUAGAGGUGAAAAGCCACCUGGAGUGUGAUACCCCGUCCACCCGCGCGAGGGAGGAGCGAGCGGUCAACAAGCGUAGUCACAACACCGAAGAUUUCGACAGGCAUCAUCUUGCAAUCUUCUCGACAAAAGAACUCCAUAGCCCUUCGGCUGAAAGUCAAUGCUCAUACGUGCUCUCACUGU